AUGGCGACUCCCGCCGCUCCGGCUCUGCUCCCCGCGGCUCCGCUCGGUCACCACCCGGCGCCGAGUUCCGUCUCGCCGGCCACCAACUCCCCGCCUCCCGCGGCCACCUCCGCCGCUUCCUCCCCGGCUCCACCGGUGGCUCACCCGGCGCUGCUUCACCAGUUCCGGGCGGAGCUCCUGCUGUCCAACGGGACCGCGUUAAAGAGCGGGGCCGCCGCCAAGCCCGUGUACGCCACCGCGUCGCCCGUGGAGAGCACGCCGCAGAACAACGAGUGCAAGCUGGUGGAGGUGAAGGGGGCCAAGCUGGCCUCGUUCACGGUGAAGGGCGCGGAGCUCAUCUGCUUGCCCCAGGCUUUCGACGUGUUUCUCAAACACCUGGUCGGCGGGCUCCACACCGUAUACACCAAGCUGAAGCGGCUGGACAUCAGCCCGGUGGUGUGCAACGUGGAGCAGGUCCGAGUCCUGCGGGGGCUUGGGGCCAUCCAGCCUGGGGUGAACCGGUGCAAACUCAUCUCCCGGCAGGACUUCGAGACGCUCUACACCGACUGCACCAACGCCAGUUCUGGAUCAGUUGCCCUUCAUGAUGAUGCCACAUCCUCUGAUUCCUGCCAGCCUGGCGCCAGCCUCCGUCUCGAUGGCGAUGGGCCAGAUGAACCGGUUGAGCACACUGGCCAGCAUAGCCAAUGUGGCCCAGCUCCACGCCAAUCCACCUGCCAGAGCUCCCACCUCUGUCAUUAAGGAGCGAGUGCAGGACACCCCCUCUCCUUCGCCCUCACUGGACGACGCUCAGAUUUCAUCCAAUCACAGCAGCAGUGUGUCAAGUUCACCGUUGCCUACAGAGCGCACUGCAGACACCACACAUCAACUUCAUGAUGGCCUUUUGUCGAAUCACAGCGUGUUGGGCCACUCUCCUGGUCUGGUGCAUGGUCCCAGAGAGACAGAUGGGGCAUCAGCAGAGUACAACAAAGAGAACAAGAGGAGCCACGCUGACAGGGAGAACAGUUCCUCGGCUGCUCAGACCAGGGAGAGCUGUGACAGACACGUCUACCAGAAACCCCCGUCAGGCAGGGAGACCUGUGAGAGGGUGUCUUACUCUGCAGGACAGAAGCUCUCAGCAGGUCUCCACCACACUCCCUUCAUCUUCCCGGAAGGCUUGUCCUCCAUAGAGACCCUGCUCACAAACAUCCAGGGUCUGCUGAGGGUUGCCAUAGAGAAUGCCCGGGCACAGGAGAAGCAGGACCAGCUGGAGAGGACGGAGCUGAAGAUGGAGCUCGUCCGAGAGCGGGAGCUCCGAGAGACGUUGGAGAGACAGCUUAGCAUGGAGCAGAAAAACAGAGUUUUGAUCCAGAAACGCCUGAAGAAGGAGAAAAGGAGUAAGAGGAAACUACAGGAGGCCUUGGAGGAGGAGGUCAAACUCCGCGAUCAGGCAGAGCACAGCCUGCUGCACACUGCCAACUCACACAUAGGCCAUCAAUCACUGGCAGCGCCUCCUCACGCAGAAUCUGUGACCCAGGACGCGAACGGGAGCAGCCAUGAUGAUGACAGGCCGGACACUAAGGCGACGCAAGAGGGUAGGAUGUUCCUGCAGACGGGGUUGUUCUGAGGUCCACGGUGGAGGGACGAAUGGAUGAAUGAAGAGAUGAAUGGACGCGCGAACAGAGUGAUGAAGAUUCCUCCCUCGACAGGCAUGCUCGCUCCCACAGUGGCAUCUGAGACACAAAUCUCCACCUCCCCCACAUUUCAAGGGAAACAUCCGAACUUUCUUGUUGCUCUCUUGUUUAAUUUAUUGAACUUAUCCAAUCUCAGCCGUAGUGGAAAGAGUACUUUAUUCUGAUGUUGUGUUUGUGUUUAUUUCAGUUAAAACUUUUAGGUCCUAAACGACAAGAGUUGUUUGUUUUUGUUCCCCUUUAUCAGUGCUGUUUAUUUGGACACAAGUGACAAAUAUAACUUGUAACAGAGUUGUGUACAUAUAUAUAGUCAUCAUUUUUAUUAAUUAUUAUAUUAUUUGGAGGGGGAAAAAGACACAAUGGCAUGUUGUACAGUCAGUAAGUGACUUGUAUUGUGUAUGUUAUGCAGUAGUGCAGUUUGACAAUAC